GAAAUUUAUGUCAGAACGCUUAUGAGUGUUAGCAUAACCAGUCAGACAGCAGCACAGAUGAGGUCUGCUGUUAUGUUUACACAUUGCCAUACAGCUAUUUCAUCUCCAUGGUUACUAACAACGCCGGCUAGUCUGAAGCAUCGCUCAGUACUUGACUACCACUGCGGCAAGUACCUGGUGUUUCAUUGUCGUGCUGUCUUCAGCAUAUCUUCAUAUCUUCAUAGAGUAUGUAUAGAGAGGAUGCGAUACAGUUGUCCAAAACCUGUCAGUGACCCACCCACCUAUUGUAUCAGGGCUGCAGGAGUUCUGAGGUACAAUCGUGAGUCUGACAAUCACAGGAUGAAUUUAACAACUUUUCCCCAAAGGUCCCAGACAGAAUACCCAGCCCAAUGUGAGUACUGUGGGAAAAAGACUCAUCCUCUACUGGAUCUAACAUUGGUACAAAAUCCUGAGACCCUCUUCUGUUGUGCUCAGCGGCAGCAGCUAUGUCAAAUGCUGGUGAAGCAAAGACUUUUGUUUGAGGAGAGAUCUAACCUAACUGCUGGUAAUCUAACUUCAAAAGACCAGAUGGAAAUUCUGUACCACAAAUCCAGAGAGAGUGAAGCUUACCACAAGUUUAUGAAAGGCUUUCAGAGAAAACCUAGAAUACAAUCAAGAGAUCCUACAAUCUACGGUGGUUACCCAGUUAAUCUGCUUGCAGGGCAGACCUCUGUCUCUGCACCAGGGGUCUUCAGGUUAAGACUCUCACAUGCUCCAGGAAAGGGGACAACGUACUGCAGUAGCACAAAUGAAAAAUGCUUAAAAAUGGAAGAGGAGGUGUUGCUCCCUUUUUUUGAUCGGAAACCAGUUCAGUUUGGCAUAUGUAAUCAUCAGGUGGGGUCUGGAGUUUUACAGAAAUUUUAUUCCAGUGGCAUCAAAUUCCUUACCAUGUUCCCUGAUGGCUCUGCUCAGAUCUUUUAUCCCUCCGGCCUCUUGGCUGUACUUAUCGUGGUCACUGAACACAAUGGAAGAGUCUGUAUAGUGUAUGACGACGUCAGUGCCCCUAAUCAACAAAUCAGAGCUAUAUUCCAGUCUGAUGGCAGAGCGACAUGCUAUCACGCCAAUGGAAACAUAUGGCUGUCCUUAAACAUGUCUGGCGGCCGUUGCUUAAACAAUGCAGGCAACAUAACUUGCACGUGGAGCUGGGGUACUCCCACGCCCCUGCAGCCCAUCUUUCUGUCCCUCAACAAAACUGUUGGAGUUCGAGUCCUGGGGAACAAACAAGUGUUUGUUUCCUUCUUGGCAGGCAGGCAACAGGCUAAGUUCAGUGUGGGUACCUGCUGUGCUCAGGGUGAAUACGUGCAUACUUCAGGCUCAUCGGUCUCUAAAGACGAGCUGCUGGCAUUGGCAGCCAAAAUCAGGAUCCAUGCAGCCAUUCAGCAUCUUCACCAGUACCUGACGACACCCUUACAUCCCCCAAAACUUAAGACACCAGCCCAUCACCUACAGGUUACUGCUCAAAGGCUCCUGAAAGUCAGUGGUGAUGUAAUGAUGAAUGACUGUGACAAAGCCUUCAUCCUCAAGUGCCUUCAGGAUUGUUGAUGUAUAUGUAAUAUUGCAACAUGAUGACAGUGAUUGAAAUUUAAAUAAAGAAAAAAAAAAAAAAAUAAGGCUGGAAAAACAUUUUGCAUGUCCCAUUUUUUGACUUUAGUUACCAGAAAACUAUAUCACCUAAAGGAAAAAACCCCCAAACAUUUUAUGUACUAGCACCUCAGUGCCAGCAUGUCGAUAUUUUAAUAUAGAGAGAUAACCCUUAUAGCACGCUUGACUGAAUCAGUAUUUUCUCAUUUUUAAGGCCAGACUUACCUUUAUUUUAAAUUCAAUUUAAAUCGAGACCGAUUUUACAAAGAGAAUAUCAAGUAAAGGUGUUAUACAAUUAACCCAAUAAAUGACUUUCAUUACUCAUUGUCUAAAUAAAGUCAUCUGUUGCACAUUAACCACAUUGUAUUUUUUAGGCUGGUCUUGUAGUUUUGUUUUUUAAUUUCUCCUCUCUUUUGCCUUGUAAUAUAAAAUCAGUGUAGAGCUUCCUGAAGACUUAAUAACCAGGUUGUUACUCCAGAUAUUUCAUACCAUUACAUAGUAUACCCACAGUAAACUAUAAGCCUGAUGACAACAGAUGCGUUAGCCAUUUAACACCACAUCAGUAUGUAAACUCAACACCACACUGCAGUUUCAGAGUUAAAUAGUUAACAAUAUGUUUUAUUAAUCUCCUUAGCUUCCUCCAAGGUUUGUAAAUAUAAAAAUUCAGAAAUCAUACCAACAGGUUCUCAAUGUUAUUUUCACAACAGUGAUGACAGACUUUUAAGUGCUGCAAAUUUCUACAUGGUAAACUACUUGAUAAACAAAUUUCUACAUAUGGCUCAGUGGUACAAAUGACACAUUGUUUCUUUUUUUCCACAGAGAUCAAAUUAUAUUCAAAUAGUUAAAGACUACAAGAACCAAUGUUAACUCUCUCCUUAGGGGCUCACUGAUAUCACCUGGAUGAACUCUGUAG